GGAGGGUCGCUCUCCAACCCACAUUGACAAAACUAAGCACAUUAUGAAGGUGUGUAUUUCUUUGACAAAUUGCACACGGCAGGGAAGUGGGCAGUGCGUCUAAGGUGUGACAUGAAGGGCAAAGGCUAGAGAGGCUGUCCCUCUGCCUGUAGUAGCACACCAGUUCUAGGCUUAUCCUCACUCAACGUUGUGGAGGCACAUGACUGCAAUGUGACUCAGCUAGGUGUCAGGUGUGGCUUUUAGUCAAAGCUAGUAACAUCAUUCUGUUUAAAUUCAAAGUCAAAUCUCAGAGCUAGCAGACAAGUCGAAACAGAAAGAACAUCGGAACAAAGGUUUGGUCAGAUACCGUGCCAAAUGAUGUGUCUUGGACCAAAUUGUAGAAUUGGGCACCAGAGCCUGAUGGGCAUUCUACUGCUGGGCUGCUUGUUGACCUGUCUACUGUACCGACCUGCUAUCACCUGGCUCCCUGUCCUGGCCAAGCACUUCCAGGCGGAGCACAAACAGGACGUUACCGUGCUGGUCUGGCACUGGCCCUUUGACCAUCCCUUUAAACUGAACUCCUGCAGGUCCUUGUACAACAUCGAAGGCUGUCACCUGACAGCGGACAGAGAGCUGUACAGUCAAGCGGAUGCCGUUCUCAUCCACCACAGAGAAAUCGAAGAGGAUUUAUCCAACCUGCCCCAAGAACCACGGCCCUCCUUCCAGAAAUGGGUGUGGAUGAAUUUCGAAUCGCCGGCACACACGAAAAGAAUACCUGGCUUGGAAGAUCUGUUUAAUGUGACUUUGAACUACAGGCAGGAUGCAGACAUCAACAUGCCUUAUGGAUCUCUCGUCCCUCGGACUGAAGAGAUGGAGGAGUUUGUCCCGCAUAAAAACCGACUGGUCUGUUGGAUCGUUAGCAACUGGAACCCAGGACACAAGAGGACUUGGUACUACAUGGAGCUGCGCAAAUUCAUCAGGAUUCACACCUACGGGGACCCUUUCAACAAAAAGGUAUCUCUUAGUGAAUACAGAAUGAUCGUGGCCAGCUGUAAAUUCUACUUGUCUUUUGAGAACUCCGUCCAUAAGGACUACAUCACAGAAAAACUAUAUAACGCUCUCAAGUUGGGCGCAGUUCCUGUGGUCAUGGGCCCGACAAGAGGGAACUAUGAGAAGUUCAUCCCUGGAGAUUCCUUCAUCCAUGUGGAUGACUUCCGCUCGCCCAGAGCCCUGGCCAAACACCUCCUCUUCUUGGACGAGAAUGAGGAGAUGUACCGUAAAUACUUCAAGUGGCAGAGGAUCCACACGGUCCGUAUCAACAGCUUCCCCAUUCAGAAUGCCUGCAACAGCUGUGAGUACAUCAGAGGCCACCCUGAGAAUCGGAUGGUUACUGAGCUCUAUAAAUGGUUCUGGGAGGAGUGAUGCUGAGACAUUUGGAGUAAAUCUACUACAAAUGAACGAUAUCCACUUCUCCAUAGUUAUGGGUGGGGGGGAACUGAGCAAUAUGUGUCUUUUACACAACGGCAGAAAUGCCAAAAAUUAUAUUUCAUUAAAGUACAUUCACCGAACUUCCCCCACUUGAACAAUUAAUGGGGCGUUACAAGUCAAAAUUGUAUAUAUUUUUUACUUCUGUCUUUUGCUACUGCGCCAUCGCAUGUUAACUGAUGAAAACAGUGUGGAGGUGACCACCACCGUUAUCUACUUGUUUAAAAGAGUGCCUUUCGCAUCCCUUUUAUAUUGGUGCACAAUGUUCUGCACUAAUAUUACAUUUUAAAAGCCUGUUAUAACAAAGUGACCUUUUUUAAUAGAGACCGAAUGGAGAAUUCAAUAAAUCAGAUGUGUAUAAAGGUUUGCUGAAGUGCCAAAAUGUAGCCUAUUGACAUGUCCCUCCAUCAACCCUGUGUCACUUCUAGGAACAUUUUAACCCCCUUAAUCCCCAAGUUUCAACAUCAUUGUAAAGCCAUAGUUAUUUUACUUUAACAAAGUCAUCUCUGAAGGUGAAUUUGUUUCAUGUGAUUAGUGAUUCAUUUACCUCUGUCCCUCAUUGUAAGGUCAACCCUGUUAUGUGAACUGGCCUGUCGUUUUUUACAUGGUGAAACUAUUCCUUUUUGUUAAAUAGAACCUCUAAUAGUCAAAUCAUAGAGUGUUAGUUGGUUCUACUCUUUUUGGCUGUUUCGUGGUGAUGUGAUAAAGGAUAAUAUACGGUAGGUCUCGCUCAUAUACAGGUAGAACUCCCUGUACUGUCAACAGUUGUUAGGCAAUUGCCUUUUACUGUACUAUGGUUGCUAGGUUGUCACAAUGAAUGUGUCAUGUAUUUUCACACGUUAAGGGACCUUGUUCGCUCCACUGUUAGGCAACAGGGAUUGAUCACAGACUCAGAGAUUCAGUGUAUGAAUUAGGAAAAGAAAGAUUAAUGUAGUACAGUGGUCUCCAGCACAAUGACUUUACUAAACCCAGUUUACACACCUGCUCCAAUACAAUACAAUGGGUUAGUAUGAGACACCACUCUUUACUGCCACCCAAGGGAGUUUUAAAGAUGUAAAUGAAUAUAUUUUGCAGUACACCUGGCGACCACUAGAUGGCACUGCAACCCCACUGUACACAUGCACGUUACGUUGUUGAAAAACCAUUUGCUUCAGUGUGAAUAUGAAUAUUUAUAUAUGUGAGAAAAUGAAUACCAUUUGUCAAAUGAAUGAAUAUCUGAGCUCAAAUGAGAGGUUGGAGAAAUGGUGGAGAUUAGCUUGUUGCUUAAUGGUUUAAUUGAAACCUGCCGCUAAUUAGCUAUGGCUAUAAUCACCCAAACUUAUGAACAACUCCAUGAAUUUUUUUCUUCGGCUCUUUCAAAUGUAGAGAAUAGAAUGUGGCCCUGGGAAUGAGUGUAAAAUGACUGCAUUAUGAAGAACUCUUAAGUCUGCCCACAACUUUCACCCAUUCUUACAUCCCCUUGCCCUUUGAAGGAUCCCUUCUAAUGCUUUAUUAACUCUACAGUAUAUACAGAAAACCCCUACAUUCUUCCGCAAGUUUCAUUUAUGUUUUGGUCAUGGAAACUAUUCGAAUAUCACUUUCUACCUCCUAUUUCUAUAUUUCCGGUCUAUUUCUAUCUCCGACCUCCACUAAUGUCAGUUAAUUUCCCAUAUUGAUGUCAUCAUUACCUCCCUAUGUGGUAACACAUAUGAGAUAGAUGACAGUGUUUACUCUGAGACUUAGUCAUGUGUCUAGGGACUGGCUCUGUGGUUUUCAAAAAGAGGUAGAAUACGUCUACAGACGACUCUUGGUUUGGCAGAUGCCAGGAGAACACUGAAUGCGUAGUGCCAACCGUAAAGUUUGGUGGCGGAAUAAUGUCUGGGGCUGUUUUUCAUUGUUCGGGCUAGGCCCAUUAGCUCCAGUGAAGGGAAAUCUUACCGCUACAGCAUACAAUGACAUUCUAGAUGAUUCUGUGCUUCCGGCUAUGUGGCAACAGUUCGGAGAAGGCCCUUUCCUGUUUCAGCAUGACAAUGCCCGCGUGCACAAAGCAAGGUCCAUGCAGAAAUGGAUUGUCAAGAUUGGUGUGGAAGAACUUGACUGGCCUGCACAGAGCCCUGACCUCAACCCCAUCGAAUUCCUUUGGGAUGAAUUGGAACGUCGACUGCAAGCCAGGCAUAAUCGUCCAACAUCAGCGCCCGACUUCACUAAUGCUCUUGUGGCUGAAUGGAAGCAAGUCCCCGCAACAAUGUUCCAACAUCUAGUGGAAAGCCUUCCCAGAAGAGUGGAGGCUGUUAUAGCAGAUAAGGGGGUACCCAACUCCAUAUUAAUGCCCAUGAUUUUGGAAUGAGAUGUUCUGCGAGCAGAUGUCCACAUAGGUUUGGUCACGUAGUGUACCUGUCCAUUACUGAUGGCUGUCUCCCACCAGUCCCUUCUCUGUUAUCCUUUCUUCUUGCUGCUCUCUUCUCUCCCUCUUUCCCCCGCUUGGCUGUAAAUUAUUGAGCUCUUUCUUUCAAGGGGACCACUCCCUCAUCAGAUCUGUGGGCCAUAGAGUUUGCUGCUUCACCCCCAGCAACAGCCGUCCCCACGUCACCACCUGACAUUGAAGAAAUCAGAUGUCCCUCACUCUCUUUUCUACCACUCUCUCACUCGAGCGCUUGCUUGCUGUAAAUUUAGCUCUCUCCUCCCUUUCAACUUUCUCCCUCUCGUGUGUUACUUCCCCAACCUCCCUAUUUUCUCUACCACCUUCUCUGUUUUUCUGUAAUGUCACGGCUCACUGCUGAGUGUCACGGAGUUGAUGGAGAGGAAAAAUAAUGGAGGCGUGAGGCAAUGGAAGGAGGGCUGACGCAAGGGUGUGUGGUGUGUGUGUGUGUGUGUGUACAUUUUGUGAAAGACUUGAGGAAGAGGUGAGGGAACGAGUGGGGGAGGGAGAUUUGUCUGAUGGUAAAAUGUUCCAGCUCGGUGAAGAAACAGCAGACAGUCAGUCGAUGCACCUCCUCCUACUAUAACUACUACAGUUCCAUGUAGACUGGUGCUACACACUGACUUCCCAAGUGAUGUUCACGUACAGUCCCCCAAAAUACCCCCCUCACCGAAUCACAUCUCUUUCUCAUGUCCAGCCUGGCAAACCUAUGGUUUAAUGCAACGUGUUGUUUAAAAUGUUAUCAGCAACCUCUGACAGUGAGUAACACUUCUGUUGGAUGAUUACAUGACAUUACGUGGGAUAAUACCAUUUGAACAGGUUGUUUCCGUUCUCCCUUUUCAUAUUCAUCUCAUUACAUCUCAUAUUCUGUUGAUCUAUUUCAUGCUUUAGUGUGUAGUUCAGAACUCGAACUCUGGUAGAUUAGUAAAUGCCUGUUUUGAUUGUACAGAGAACUCUCUCUCUCUCUCUCUCAUAUAUAUUCAAUUCAAAGGGAUUUACUGACAUGAGAAGCAUGUUUAUAUUGCCAAAGCAAAUGGAACAGACAGACAAAGUAAACAUUGCACUCGCAAGUUAAAAGAAUAUAGACAUUUGAAAUGUUAUAUUAUUGGCUAUGUACAGUGUUGUAACAAUGUGCAGGUAGAUAAAUAUAGGUUGUAUUUACAAUGUUUGCACUCCACUGGUUUUCCUUUUCUCAUGGCAACGGGCCAAAGAUCUUGUUGCGACUGCACACUGCUCUAUUUAGACUAACAGAUAUGGAAGUUUAUCCACGUUUGAUUUGUUUUCAAAUUCUAUGUGGGUUUGUGUGAUCUGUGGGAAAUAUGUCUCUCUCUCUGAGGAGGAGGCUAGUGGGAAGAGAUGUGUGUGUAUAUAUAGGAGGAUGGGUUCAUUGUAAUGGAACAGUAUCAAACAUAUGGAAACCAUAUUCCAUUUCAGCUAUUACAAUGAGCCUGUCCUCCUACAGCUCCACCCACCAGCCUCCUAUGCUCUCUCUCUCCCCCCUCCCUCCCCAGACAGUCCUUGUUGUGUUGGGUUCAUUGUGUUCCUGGCAGAAAGCAGUGAAGCAGACCCUAACAGUCCAUUUUAGAAGCUGCCACUGUCUCUGAUCUAAAACACAAUCAGUGAGCCAUUUUGCCUGGGUCCAACAGCAACAUUAAAAAGUCAAUACACGACUGCACUGUUUAAUACAA